UAGAGGUAGGAAUCACAUUGCAUCACCAGGUUGAUCAUCAACCAAAACAUCAUAUAGCUCUUUGGAUCCGGCAAGGCGAGUAACAUGGAGGUCGUGACUGGGGCUAUGAGCACCCUCCUACCCAUCCUCGGCAACCUUCUCAAGGAGGAGUACAACCUGCAGAAGAACACCAGGGGUGAGAUCAAGUUCCUCAAAGCAGAGCUGGAGAGCAUGGAGGCUGCCCUCAUCAAGGUUUCAGAGGCACCGCUGGACCAGCCACCUGACAAACAGGUCAAGCUGUGGGCGAGGGAUGUCAGGGAUCUGUCCUAUGAGAUUGAAGACAACGUUGACAAAUUCUUGGCAUGCCUUGAAUGUCAGCAGCAUAAGAGGCCACACAGCUUCAUGGGUUUCAUUCAUAGAAGCAUCAACAUACUUACAAAGGGCAAGGUCCGACACAAUAUAGGCAUGGAUUUCAAAGACAUCAAGAGGCGCAUCAAGGAGGUCAGUGAGAGGCGUGAUAGGUACAAGGUUGAUAGCGUUGUGCCCAAGUCCACUAGCACAAGUACUGAUACACUUCGCCAGUUAGCCUUGUUCAAAAAGGCGACAGAGCUUAUUGGCACCGAAGAGAAGAGCCUUGACAUAGUCAAGAUGCUAAUGGAGGGAGACGAUGUUUUCAAGAAACAGCCCAAGAUGAUCUCUAUUGUUGGCUUUGGAGGCUUAGGGAAGACAACUCUUGCUAACGUGGUAUAUGAGAAGCUUCGUGGGGACUUUGAUUGUGGAGCUUUUGUUUCUGUGUCUCUUAAUCCUGACAUGAAGAAGCUUUUCAAGAGUUUGCUCCAUCAACUUGACAAGGGCAACUACAAGAACAUCAUGGACGAGUCAGCGUGGAGUGAAACACAACUCAUUAGUGAGAUAAGAGAUUUCCUUCGAGACAAGAGGUACUUCAUUCUCAUUGAUGACAUAUGGGAUAAAUCUGUGUGGAAUAAUAUUAGAUGUGCUCUGAUUGAGAAUGAAUGUGGUAGUAGAGUAAUCGCAACAACUCGCAUUCUAGAUGUUGCCAAAGAAGUUGGUGGUGUUUAUGAGCUUAAACCUCUUUCUACUAGUGACUCAAGAAAGUUAUUCUACCAAAGAAUAUUUGGAACUGAGGACAAGUGCCCUCAUAUUCAGUUGGCUGAAGUAAGUGAGAACAUUUUGCAGAAAUGUGGUGGAGUACCAUUGGCUAUCAUUACACUGGCUAGUAUGUUGGCUAGUAAAAAGGAACAUGAAAAUACAUAUACGUAUUGGUCCAAGGUGUACCAAUCUAUGGGUUCUGGGCUUGGAAAUAAUCCCGACCUGAUGGACAUGAGGAGGAUACUAUAUGUCAGUUACUAUGACCUGCCUCCAAAUCUGAAGACUUGUUUACUGUAUCUCAGUUUGUAUCCAGAGGAUUAUCAUAUUAAAACCAAAGAGUUGAUAUGGAAAUGGAUAGGUGAAGGAUUCAUUCAUGAAGAGCAGGGGAAGAGCUUGUAUGCAGUAGGCGAGGAUUACAUUGCUGAGCUCAUUAACAAAAGCUUGGUCCAACCAAUGGAUAUCAAUAUUGCUAAUAAGGCGAGCUCUGUCCGUGUACACGACAUGGUGCUUGACCUUAUCACUUCCUUGUCAAAUGAGGAGAACUUUCUCGCAACAUUGGGUGGUCAGCAGACCAGGUCGCUAGCAAGUAAGAUCCGUCGACUGUCUCUCCAAACCUGCAAUGAAGAGGAUGUCCAGCCAAUGACAACCAUGAGCAGCUUGUCCCAUGUGAGAUCACUUACUGUGUUCAGUAAAGACCUCAGUUUGUUGUCCGCACUUUCAGGUUUUCUUGUCAUACGUGCAUUGGAUUUAAGUGGUUGUAGCGAAGUGGGUAAUCAUCAUUUGAAGGAUAUUUGCAAGUUAUUUCACCUGAGGUAUCUGAGUUUAAAAUGGACACCUAUCACUGAGAUCCCGAAAGAGAUCGGCAACCUACAGCUUCUGCAAGUGCUAGACAUAAGGUGCUACGGAUUGGAAAAAUUGCCAUCAACCCUUGUUCAGCUAAGACAACUGGUGUUUAUUGACAUGGGUACAAGGCAAGUCUCUCCAUUGCUUCUAAAAUCAAUGUCCACCUUGCCCUCCCUCUCUUCCCUUGCAAUUGGAUUAAGAGAACUGAGAAAGGAAGACCUCCAAAUACUUGGGAGCAUGCCGUCUCUGCGUGACCUCGCUCUUUUUGUAAUGUAUUGGGGAAAAGUCACAGAUAAAAGGCUAGUCAUUGACAAUGGUUGUCCCUUCCGGUCUCUGAAAAGGUUCAGUAUAAAUAUUAUAGAAGCCACUAGUUUUAUGUUUGCACAAGGAACCUUGCAAAAGCUCCAAAUCCUGGAGUUAGAAUUUUAUAUUUGGAAAAAAGACCAAUUUGGUGAUUAUCAGUUUGGGCUGGAGAACCUCUCUUCGCUUGAGCAUGUCUAUGCGGUUGUUCGUGGUUAUGUUAGUGAGGGUGAGCUGAUCGGUGCACUUGAGAAAAUGCUUGAUAUUUAUCCCAACAAGCCCACACUGACACCGAAGGUAACUCCACGCUGA